GAAACAAUAUGGGAUGGAUUCUGUAUUGAUAUUUUAAAAGAGAUGGCAGCGAAAUUUAAUUUUAAAUAUGUUAUUAAAGAAUCGGAUGAUAAAUUAUGGGGUGCUCCAGAAGAUGAUGGUCGAUGGAAUGGUAUUGUAGGGGAAGUUGUAAGAGGGAAUAAUGCUUUUGGUGUUGGUCCAUUUACCAUAACAUCUAUACGAGAGACUGUGAUCGACUUUACCAAACCGUAUACAGAGGAAGGUAUUGGGAUCCUGACUAGACGACCCGAUAAUGAAUCUACCAAGAUGUUUAAAAUGUUCACACCGUUUGCUCCCGUGGUAUGGAGUUGUAUCGUUAUAGGGGUAGCUGUGGUUGGGGUGUUAUUGUACCUAGUCAACAGAGCCUCACCCUAUUCAGACCAUAAAUUAUACCCAGAGACUCCCAGAAUGACGUUAAAAGAAAGUCUUUGGGUCGUGUAUGGUUCUUAUAUGGAACAAGGUGGAGAACCUCAUCCAAGGAGUAUAUCAGGGAGGCUAAUCCUAGGAUUCUGGUGGUUAUUUACCAUUCUUAUGGCCUCAACAUAUACAGCUAACCUUGCUGCCUUUCUUACCGUCACCAUUGCAGAGAAACCUAUCAAUAGUUUAACAGAAUUAUCACAACAAGAUGGAAUUAAACCAUUAGCGAAAUAUGGUUCCAAUUUAUACACCUUGUUUAAGGUCAGUACUAAAUUUGUACUCAUUAAAAUGCCUGUCUUCUAG